CAGGAAACGUCUUUAGCCACCAUUAGUUUUGCUUCGGGAAGCGCGAGCAUGGGCUGAAGGACCUCAGCCAACAUCUGAAAGAAUGAUACGACACAGUAAAAUCCAGAAGCUGAUUCUAAGUCUGUAUAAAGAGUUCUUAAGAGCUGGGAAGGAAAAACCUGGGUUUUUGCCUCGAAUUCAGGAUGAAUUUCGAACGAAUGCAAAGAUUCCAAAAACAGAUGUUAUGCACAUUGAAUAUCUUAUACGCCGUGGCCAGCGUCAGCUAGAACAGCUAAAAGAUGUUAAUACUAAACAACUGGGAGCUUUUGUGAAGGACUCUAGGUCAAACAAAUAAUCGUCUUGUGGUUUUGAAAUUUGAUCAGUGAACUGUUUUGUGUAGAUUAUGUAAAUUUAGUUGUAUUUAAAUUUUGUAACAUAUUGUAUAUAAAAUUACUCAUUCUAUUGUAUAUUUAAGACUGUAUAUAAAUUCAAAUAUAAGUGAA